UCAAAGACAUUUAGCGAUUAAAAACAAUCAUUGGAUUGCGGAAAAAUUGAAAAGGGACUCUUCGUUUAAGAGAUCGCUAAGUCCAUAAUGAAUACCGGAUUGGAAAUAAACGUCAAAUGCAAAGUGUUGAUGGACGACGAGAGACAAUAACGACUCGAAAGUGAAACGAUAGAUACGUAUAUGUUGUACACGUGGCUUGGGUUUGUAGAACGAUUAACAAUGGGCCUGUCAAGCACCGUCGUUCACGCGGUGAAGGAUUAGGAUGACGAAAUCGUUCGACACGUAAUGUGGAGGAUUCAAACGCAUCCGCUGCAUCUUCAGCAGGACACCAGAUUCCACCCUUCGGCAGCUGCCAUCCUUUAUAACGAGAGGUUCAGCCUCCUACAACGGACUUGCUCGCUGAUUGGAUCGACAGCUGGAGCCGGUGGUUCCGGGGCGGUCGGGGGCGGACAGGUUCAACUCUGGCAAUUCCUCCUGGAGCUGCUCUCGGAUUCGUCGAAUUCCUCCUGCAUCGCGUGGGAGGGCUCCAACGGGGAGUUCAAACUUACCGAUCCCGACGAGGUCGCGCGCAGAUGGGGCGAACGGAAGAGCAAACCGAACAUGAACUACGACAAACUGUCGCGAGCACUCAGGUAUUACUACGACAAGAACAUCAUGACGAAAGUACACGGGAAACGCUAUGCUUACAAGUUCGAUUUUCAUGGACUGAUGAUGGCCUGCCAGGCCCAAGCUGGCGUCACGUUGGAAACGUCCCCGUCGUCCCGAGCACCCCCAGGUUCGCAGCAUCCAACUGUAACCCCACAGGGACCGCCGCCUCCGCCACCUCCGCCACAUUAUUGUUGGCCUUAUCACCGAUAUUCUCCGCCUACGUAACAUAAGGAACUGAUUAUCUUUCGUACUUGACAAUGUGAGGUCUUCGUUCCUGCCAUCCUGCGUAAAUAGCGUAAACUGCGAAUCGCAAACUAACUGCGAUCGAUAACGACACCACACUGCGUAUCGAAAUUAUACAAACACUUGGACGAUAGUCUCGUUGGUUUCAUUGAAAAAUUAUCUUGUGAUACCGAAACCUCCGAUAUCCAAGUGUUUUCGUAUACAUUUGAAUCGACCUUUACUCGAUUCUUUCGAGCAACUCGCUUCUGUCCGAGCUACUCGGUUCUUUCCAGCCGCUCGCUUCUGUCCGAGCUACUCGGUUCCUUCGAGCUGCUCGUUUCUUCCGAGUAUUCGACUCGGAUCGAGAACUGGGUCUCAGCUCGACCCGGCUCGCGAGCAACUCGAAACAUCCGAGUUUUCUGCAGGCCUAAUAUUUCCUAGCUCUGUUCAUUUUUCGACUGUAUCAAAAAUACGUUGGAAUCGUGCUUUUAAGGCGUCACACUCCAAAAAAAGUACAAAAGGAUUCGAUUUUUUUUUAAAGCUGUCACACUAGCAUAGCACCUUGAGCGUAGAAUAAGUUUAAUGUAUUACUUAAGAUAUCGUUAUACGUUUAUUUAUAAGACAGAAACUGUUGUAAAUAUGCUACGACGUUUGAGCAGGUACGAUAUGAGCGAUAACGUUGUCUUCGCAGACAUUCUCCGUGAAAGUUGUAUUUAUGUAUUUUGUUCGAUAUUACGAUGUACAGUUUUUAAACAAUCUGUUUUAUUCGAUGAU